AUGGCGCCUGGUUCUCCUCGAGGCCGCAUUGAUCAGUUCUAUCCUUCAAAGAAGAGAAGGAAGUCCAUAUCACCAAAUGUGAGGUCUAAGAAAAUUGAAAGAGAUGUAAAGACUGCAACUGAAGGAUCUCCUACUACUAAAGGCUCUUUGGACAAUUUUUUAGUGGGUUCACAAGAAAUUCAGAAUCCUUUGGAUGCAGCUGUCAAUUCACCACGCAAGCGAGUACCAAUUAAGAGAAAUCUGACGCAGGAGAUUGGUUUAAUAUCUAAUAAUGAAAAGAAAAUCACCAUUUCGCCAAACAAAUUUCAUUCUGAAGAUCUUGCUUUGAUUGGCAACAAUCAAAAGUUGGUUUCUGAAACUUCAACCGUUGCAGAGAGCAACUUACACACCUGCAGGGAUUUCCCAGAGAACAUGCAUGACGGCGGAGUUGAAAAUCCUGAGUUGAAGCAGUUUGCAACAAAUUUUUUGUCACUGUACUGCAGUUAUUUGCCUCGUUCCACAAGCUUACCUUCAGAGCCAGUUAAUGCAGACAAAAAUCAUAUCAGCCAAUCCCAAGUUGAGUUAGAGAAUACGCUGCAUAAGAGAAGUCAGUAUAGCACUAAUGGGAGUCAGAUGCAGGUUGAAGGUAGCGAAGCUAGUUGCUCCAAACGCAUAGACAUUGGGCCCAUGCAGUCUACAAUUAUCAGUAAAUCUCGUGACACUGCCUUCAAUUGUUCCAGAGAGCUAAAUGUGGACUGUAAUGAUGAAGUAUCUCAAUCAAGCCUGAAGAAAUGUGUUAACGCCUCUCCAGCUGGAUGUAACACGCCUGGCUCACUUAUUCAUAAAUCUAAGUCUCAUGAAACGCCCAAAUCAGGACGUGGAAGCUCAAUGUUUUCACCUGGGGAAGCAUUUUGGAAUGAGGCAAUUCAAGUUGCUGAUGGCUUGCUUGCUCCUACGGCUACAAUUUCUUCCCAUUUGGCGGAUGCAGCUGAAACUGUGAAUACUUGUAAAGAGAUGUGUUUGUCAAAUAAUGCACAAGAGGGAGUUUGCGGAAACAAGUUGAGCAACUUUGUCGCUGGAAGUGAAGCUAGAGAUUCUAAUUGUGUAACGGCUUCUGCUGCUGGAGCAACAUUGAAGCACGGAAAUGAUUUUUCUAUGGAAGUUUCCCCACUGCCUGUAAAACAUUUUGAUUUUUCUUCUGAGGACAAAAACCUGGGUGUGGAGAUCACAUCUCAUGAAAAUGUUGGUGAAUCUCAUGUUUUUAAGGGAACCAGACCUUGGAGUGCUCUAAAUGAGGCUUAUAAAAGCUCUGGUUUGCUUGAAUUGCAGGAGAAGAUAUCAAAACCUACUGCAGCUGAUAAUAAGGUGAAGAUAUGGAUUCAAGAGAGCGACAGCUAUACAUCUAAUGCAAAUGAUAGGGAAUUCACCAAUUUGAGGUUCACACAUGGAUCCAAUAAAGAUAAUUCUCCAUCUAGUCAUGCAACAGUUGAAGACCGUUUGGAUCUUAGCAACUGGUUGCCUCCUGAAUUAUGCAGCCUAUACAAGAAAAGGGGGAUGUCAAGAUUGUAUCCGUGGCAGGUUGACUGCCUUCUGGUGGAUGGUGUUUUACAGAACAGGAAUCUUGUAUACUCUGCAUCAACGAGCGCUGGCAAAAGUUUUGUUGCUGAAAUCUUGAUGUUGCGGCGAGUCUUGUCCACCGGAAAAAUGGCGCUUCUUGUGCUGCCUUAUGUAUCUAUAUGUGCAGAAAAGGCUGAACAUCUUGAGAUGCUUUUGGAGCCACUCAGUCGGUCGGUACGAAGUUACUAUGGUAAUCAAGGUGGCGGAACUCUUCCAAAGGAUACAUCUGUGGCUGUUUGCACUAUUGAGAAAGCUAAUUCCUUAAUUAACAGACUUCUAGAAGAGGGCCGUCUUUCAGAACUUGGAAUUAUUGUGAUUGAUGAACUACACAUGGUUGGUGAUCAGAAUAGGGGUUACUUACUGGAACUAUUGCUGACAAAACUUCGGUAUGCAACUGGCGAAGGCAGUGUAGAAUCAUCUAGUGGAGAAAGUUCGGGUUCUGGUAGCAGUAAAGCAGGCCCUAUUCAUGGUCUCCAGAUAGUUGGAAUGAGUGCGACUUUGCCUAAUGUAGCUGCCGUGGCUGGUUGGCUUCAGGCUGCUUUGUACGAGACCAAUUUCAGGCCUGUUCCACUGGAGGAAUACAUUAAAGUCGGAUAUGCAAUUUAUAACAAAGAAAUGACAUUGAUGAGGACCAUCUCUAAAUCAGCUGACAUUGGUGGCAAAGAUCCAGAUCAUAUUGUUGAAUUGUGCAACGAAGUGGUUCAGGAAGGUCACUCUGUUCUUAUAUUUUGUUCCAGCCGAAAAGGUUGUGAGUCUACAGCUAGACAUGUUGCAAAGUACCUCAAAAAAUUUUCCAUCACGCCACUGGACAAUCAAAAUGAGUUCGUUGAUAUUGAGAUUGCAAUUGAUACCUUACGUAGAUCCCCUUCAGGAUUAGAUCCCAUACUUGAAGAAACCCUUCCUGCUGGUGUGGCCUAUCAUCAUGCGGGGCUUACGGUUGAAGAAAGAGAGACUGUUGAAACAUGUUACCGCAAGGGACUUGUGCGUGUAUUGACUGCAACAUCUACAUUAGCUGCUGGAGUGAACCUUCCAGCAAGGAGAGUCAUAUUCCGGCAACCUCGUAUUGGCCUCGAUGUUAUUGAUGGGACAAAGUACAGGCAGAUGGCUGGUCGGGCUGGUCGGACUGGUAUAGAUACAAAAGGAGAGAGUAUUUUAAUUUGCAAGCCAGAAGAAGUCAAAAGGAUCCUGCAGCUUCUAAAUGAUAGUUGUCCACCCCUGCAUUCUUGUUUGUCGGAAGAUAAAAAUGGGAUGACCCAUGCAAUCUUGGAAGUUGUUGCUGGUGGGAUAGUUCAAACUGCCAAUGACAUACAUCGCUAUGUUAGGUGUACACUUUUGAAUUCGACAAAACCAUUUGAAGAGGUAGUCAAAUCAGCUCAGGAUUCUCUUCGCUGGCUAUGCCAUAACAGGUUUCUCGAAUGGAAUGAAGAAACUAAGCUAUACACAACAACACCUCUUGGCCGUGCAUCUUUUGGCAGUUCUCUCAGCCCGGAAGAGUCACUGGUUGUGCUGGAUGAUUUGACUAGGGCUCGGAAUGGGUUUGUUCUUGCAUCUGAUUUGCAUUUGGUGUUCUUAGUGACACCCAUAAAUGUUGAUGUUGAGCCAGACUGGGAACUGUACUAUGAAAGAUUCAUGCAGUUGUCUGCUUUAGAUCAGUCAGUUGGCAACUUAGUUGGAGUACAAGAACCAUUUUUGAUGCGUAUGGCUCACGGAGCACCAGGUCGGAGUUCCUAUAGGAUGAAAGAGACCAGCAAAGGGUUGCAGGGGAAGUUGGAUUCCAGAGCUGGAUUGUCGAACCACAAGAUGCUUUCAGAUGAACAAAUGGUCCGGGUGUCCAAACGGUUUUAUGUUGCUCUGAUCUUGUCAAGGCUUGUGCAGGAAAUACCAGUUACUGAGGUCUGUGAAGCUUUUCGAGUGGCCAGAGGAAUGGUUCAAGCCUUACAAGAAAAUGCUGGAAGAUUUGCAUCCAUGGUCUCUGUUUUCUGUGAAAGGCUUGGUUGGCAUGAUCUGGAGGGCUUAGUGGCCAAGUUUCAGAAUCGUGUCUGUUUUGGAGUCAGGGCAGAGAUAGUGGAACUGACCACAAUUCCAUAUGUUAAGGGUUCGCGAGCUAGAGCACUUUAUAAAGCUGGUUUUCGUAGUCCUCAAAUAAUUGCUGAAGCAUCAAUCUCUGAGAUCGCCAAAGCACUUUUUGAAUCUUCCUCAUGGGCUGCACAAGGUUCAGCACACAGGAGAUUACAUCUUGGAGUUGCAAAGAAGAUUAAAAAUGGUGCCCGCAGGAUAGUUCUUGAGAAAGCUGAAGAGGCCAGGGUUGCUGCUUUUUCAGCCUUCAAAUCACUAGGACUUGAUGUUCCAUCCUUUCCUCAGCCUUUAUUACCUGCUUAUGCUGGGAGUGCCCCUCCAAAAAAAGCAACCAGCUCUUCUGGUGAGGAUUCAACUGGUAGCUUUACUGAUAUGAAACAAAUAAAGCACGAUGACAAUGGUAUGGAAUAUCCUCCUGAAAGUCUUGCUAAGAGAUCAGGAAUGUCACCAUUGGCUGGAAUAGAGACUUUAGAGGGAGCAAACCCUGCUUCAACUACAGAAGUUGAGAUUGUUCCAGGAAAUACUUUAUUGGUAAAGGAAGGUCCUAAUGCUUCCUUCUACAAGAUUAAGUCUACUUCUAAUUACGCAACUGGGGCAAAUACUUUGGUACCAUGUCAGUUGACCAGGAUCACCAAUGGAACAAAUGGUUGUAAUGAUAAGCUUGGUCAUGUUUUGCAGCCGCAGCCUGGGAUCGAUACUCCACGUGUUGAUAAUCAUGUAGCUUGGGAGAAAGGUCCUUUAAAUGCAUGUAAUGCUCCUGGAGGAUUUGACACUUUUUUGGACAUGUGGGAUAAUACUUCAGAGUUUUCUUUGGAUAUCCAUUUUAACAAGAGAUCUGAAAUCAAUUCAGGUGCCCCUUUCGAAAUACUAGGAAUGGCAGUUUGUUGGGAAAAUUCGCCUGUAUUCUACUUGAAUAUUCCCAAGGACUUAUUGGUGCCUAACAGCAAAAAGUCUGUUGGCUUUUUGUCAAAUACUAUUGGUGAUAUUGGGAAUGUUUUGCCUUGUCAGCUGGAUUUAGCCAAAUCACGAUGGCACAGAAUUGGAAUAAUACUGGGGAAGGAAAAUGUCAAAAAGUUCACUUGGAAUUUAAAAGGUCAGAUUCAGGUGCUUAAAUAUCCUGCUAUUGCCAUCCACAGAAUUGGAAUCCCUAGUACCUCUCUGAAGUCUCUAGGUCUGGAACUGAUUGAUGACUCACAUUGUAUUUUGAAACCUAUUCACAUGCAAAAUGCAGUAGACCUGUGCAUUGUUACAUGGAUCCUCUGGCCUGAUGAGGAGAGAAGCUCCAACCCUAAUCUUGAAAAGGAGGUUAAGAAGAGGUUACCGCCUGAGGCUGCUGCAGCCGCCAAUAGGAAUGGUAGAUGGAAGAAUCAAAUGCGAAGAGCUGCACACAAUGGUUGCUGUCGACGGGCUGCCCAAACUCGAGCAUUGUCUUCUGUCCUCUGGAAGUUGUUAAUAUCGGAGGAACUUGUUGAUGUCUUUCUGAGCAUUGAAAUGCCUCUGGUUGACGUUCUUGCCGAUAUGGAGCUAUGGGGUAUUGGCGUUGACAUGGAAGGAUGUCUUCAUGCACGAAAUAUCGUAGGAAGAAAACUGAAAUACCUUGAGAAGGAAGCUUACAGAUUGGCUGGGAAGUCAUUUUCUUUAUAUAUGGCAGCAGAUAUUGCCAAUGUGCUAUAUGAACACUUGAAGCUUCCUAUACCAGAAGGUCACAAUAAAGGGAAACAUCAUCCAAGUACGGAUAAACAUUGUUUGGAUUUAUUGAGGAAUGAGCACCCAAUCAUCCCUGUCAUUAGAGAACACCGGACAUUGGCAAAGCUCUUAAAUUGUACAUUAGGAUCCAUUUGUUCACUUUCUAAACUUUCUAUUAGGACUCAAAGGCAUACACUUCAUGGUCAUUGGCUGCAGACCUCAACUUCAACGGGAAGACUUUCAAUGGAGGAACCUAAUCUCCAGUGUGUUGAAAAUCUGGUUGAGUUCAAGAUGAACACCAGUGAGCAAUCUACCGAUGCUUCAGUUGACGAAAACCAUAAAAUUAAUGCUCGUGACUUCUUUGUAGCUACCGAGGACAACUGGUUACUCCUAACAGCAGAUUAUUCUCAAAUUGAACUGAGACUGAUGGCCCACUUCUCUAGAGAUCCUUCACUGAUUGAGCUUCUCAAGAAGCCAGAUGGUGAUGUUUUUACAAUGAUUGCUGCAAAGUGGACCAGAAAAAUGGAGUCCAAUGUGAGUCCACAAGAGCGCAAUCAAACCAAGAGGCUAGUUUAUGGAAUGCUAUACGGAAUGGGAGCUAGUACUCUUGCAGAACAGUUGAACUGCAGUUCAGAUGAAGCUGCAGAAAGAAUUAGAAGUUUUAAGACAUCCUUUCCUAGUGUUGCUACAUGGCUUCAGGACGUGGUUUCUUUUUGUCGUCAGAAAGGAUACAUAAAGACCCUUAAAGGCCGAAAGAGAUUCCUGGCGAAAAUAAAAUUGGGAAAUGGUAAAGAAAAAUCUAGAGCUCAGAGACAAGCAGUGAAUUCUAUAUGUCAGGGAUCUGCUGCUGAUAUAAUAAAAAUUGCAAUGAUUAAUCUUCACUCUGUGAUUUCGGAGGACGCUGUAAAGUCUUGCUCUAGUUCUGAUCUUGUUGAAAAGUUUCACAUGCUAAAAGGUCGCUGUAGAAUUCUUUUACAGGUACAUGAUGAAUUAGUGAUGGAAACCGAUCCUUCAGUCGUAAAGGAGGCGGGAUUGUUGCUUCAAAUGAGCAUGGAAAGUGCUGCUUCACUUUCAGUUCCCUUGCGUGUCAAAGUGAAGGUGGGGAGAACAUGGGGAUCCAUGGAACCUUUCCAGGGUGGAUAA